AUGCUCCUCUGCAGGGCCCACCCCACCCUUCUCCCUCUGAACCUGCUUGAAUGGACUCUGCUGGGGCUCUCUUCAGCCAACAGCUGUAUGAGGGGCCCCCAUUCUCCAGCCCCACUGUGGGGCUGCCUGCGGAGCCCCCAUUCUGAGGUCAGCGGGCCAAUGGCACUGCCCCAUUACCCUCCUGCUCCAUUCUCCUUCCAUCAGAAACCAGACUUCCCGACGUACCCAGACUUCUCUGCCUCGUGCCUGGCCGCUGCACCCCAUAGCCUGCCCCGAGAAGAAAGGCUCCUUACUGACCAGCACCCUGCCUUUCCACAGCCCCCUGACUGGCACUUCCCUGGCUCUGAGGCCCGGAGAAGACUCACCCCAGGCCCAACCUUGAGUUCUGGGGAGGUGGGUGAAAGCAGCCCUGGCCUCAUGGAUGCUGUAGGGAGCCUAGGGGAGGACUAUGGGGUCCCCGGGACCACUGCCAAUGAGACUGAGAAAAAAUCAGCGAAAAGGAAAAAGGAGAACUCAGAAAACCAGGACUGCAGAGGGAAGCCAGAAACCAGCAGCAAAGCUCGCAAGGAGCGGACAGCCUUCACCAAGGAACAGCUGAGGGAACUAGAGGCAGAAUUUGCCCAUCACAACUACCUGACAAGACUCAGGAGAUAUGAGAUUGCUGUGAACCUGGACCUCACUGAGCGCCAGGUCAAAGUGUGGUUCCAAAAUCGAAGGAUGAAAUGGAAGCGGGUGAAAGGGGGGCAGCCUGUAUCCCCCCAGGAGCAAGAUACUGAAGAUGUGGACUCUGCGGCCUCCCUAAGUUCAGAGUGAGACACUCCAGGAAGAGAGAAAUGGGACUUGGGCCUGUGAUCCUGAACAACUCUGCCUGCCCCACUCUACAGACUACACCCCUGACACCCUGAAGGACAUCCCCCAAACUCUUCUCCUCUCUGUGCCUCUUGGAAGGGAGACAAAUAAUUCAGUUCUUCUGGAACCUUGAAGCUCCAGAGGAAAAAGAUGUUCUGUUUGAUAUAAUUCACUGACCCUGUUUGCUUAAAAAAAAACUUAAUGCUGAUCCCAGCUCCCAUCCCUACCCAACCACAAAGCCAUUGGGUGCCUUUGUCAGGAAGCAGCCGCAAAAACUGGAGACCCAAAACCAAACUGAAUAGGCUUCCUCUCUUCAGCUAAGGUGGCCGUUCUGGGGGGUCUCCUGGAUCCCUGGCUGAUCCUCUACCCCAAUCCCCAAUCUCUCCUAUUCCCUUUCCCAGCCCUAUCAUGGAGCCAAUGCUCAGGUUUGUGCUUCAUGUGAGAGCUGUUGUCUCCAUCCAGUGGCACGUAUCAUGGACCUAUUGAUGACCUUCCAGAAUGAGAACAAACACAAGAAAAAGAUACCUAUUUCCCAGACCUCACCCCAACUAAUCUGUCCUUAGAGUUCAAGACUUUGGAUCCCCUCCUUUUUUGAUACUUUGAAAUCCUCCAGAAAACAAAUCUAAUAGAGGAUGCCAUGGGCACAAGUUUGCCAUGACUCUUGCUUUUCCCUGUGAUCUGAUAAAAUUUGCUUUACAAGUGUCUGGCCAUGUAGCUAACUGACCCAUUUCCUUGCUGGAAUAUCACCCUAUGGUCAAAGCCUUGGCCCUGGGAUAGUUGAGAGGGUUGAGGCAGCAUAUUAGAAUGUCAAAAUGUCUCUUUAGGAAUCCUAGAGUCGGAUCACAUGAGACUUGGUACAACCAAAUAAGCCUAUCACAUCUAGUUUAACUAUCACUAAUUCUGUUGAAGAAGAAAAGAGAAAAGGGAGAGAGAACCCCACAACAACUUCAUAUCUCUACAAAGUUGAUAAUCUACCAAGCUGGUGGUGUCAAUGGGCCUCCUCCAUAUCCCAUUCAGUGCAACACUGAGCUUGAAGCUGGUUUUAGUAACAGAGGACCAAGGUUCAAAUCGCACCUCUAACACUUAUCAUUUGUACCUAGUCAAUUCACUUCUAUCCAUGGUCUUCAUUUUCUUCAUCUAUAAAAUCAGGGGAUUGAACUAGGUGUUCUCUGACCCUUUGAAGUACAGAUCUAUGAUGUAGAGAUUUAGUCUUAAUUCAUAACAAAUAUCUGAAAAUGUCAGUGGCCUGGGAGUUGGGAUUUAAGUAUUGUAAAUGAGGAUCCCAAUAUAAGGAAAGUCAAUAGUAGGAUUGGGUGGCCUAUGAGAAAGGAACAUUGUCAGUGUUCCAUGUCAUAAUAGAGCUCCGACACUAAACAUUCCAAAUGAAAUUCCCCCUUUUGUGCUGACAGAGCCAUCUCCACUCUCUUUAAUUCAAUACAACAAACUUUUAUUUAGUACCUACUAUGUACAAGGCACUAUGCUAGGCACUGUGUUCCUAUACAUUGUUCAUAGUAGUAUAGUUCUCAUAAUUUGUACCUCCUUCUCAGUGGUGGCACAAUAAUGUUGAUGGGCAGGGAUGUACCUAGGGGAGCACUAGUUUAAAGACCAUCUAAUCCUGUUGCUAGGUGGUGAAGUGGAUAGAGUGCUGGGCCUGGAGUCAGCAAGACUUAUCUUCC